GGAUUUGAAAAUGCAAAUAAGAAAUGUGGAUCAGACCAGUGGUCCAUUUAUCCCACUGUUCCAUGGAGGGCAGCUGGUAACAGAUGGUGGAUUUGCCAACAGGAUCCUGGAUUUGCUGGGACAAACUACACCAAAGCAAAAUCAAUCUGCAAGAAUCAGCAAUUCCUUCUGGUGGCAUUUCUUCAUUGCAACAAUGAGUCUUGAACCUCCCAAGCUGGAGAUAACAUCAGCGACCAAGGUGACCGGAGGGCCUGUCACUCCCAGGAAAGGACCCCCGAAAUUCAAGCAGAGACAGACCAGGCAGUUCAAGAGCAAACCACCAAAGAAGGGUAUCCAAGGAUUUGGUGAUGACAUCCCUGGCAUGGAAGGCUUGGGAACAGAUAUCACUGUGAUCUGCCCCUGGGAAGCUUUCAGCCACCUGGAACUCCAUGAGCUGGCACAAUAUGGCAUCAUCUAAACACAAAGGAACUAGGAAUGAAGCUGCAUACAUAUACAUUUCUUUCAGUAGUGGUUAACAGCUUCUUUUGUCUUUAUUUUAUCUGUGUCCCUAGUUCUGACCUGCAAAUCAGCCAUCCCAGCAGUAAUAAUU